AUGCAGGGCAGCGGCGCCAGCUUCAUCCUCUACUCCACGCCACCGGCCGUCGUCCACCCCUACGCCACCGUCUCCAUCAAGUCCCAUGUCCCCAUGACCCUGGCGAUGAAGAACUCCACCUACUCCAAGUGGGCCUCCUUCUUCAAGUCGAUGUGCGACAAAUUCGGCCUCAAAUCGCACAUUGACGGCACGGUGGCGCCUCCUCCCGAUAUCUUCGACUCCGUAGAUGACUCCGUCCUCGACCUCGCCAUAAACAACGACGAGCAGACCGCCCGGGCCCUUUGUCUCGCCAUUGAAGGCCUCUUCCACGCCAACAAGCAAUUCCGGACGAUCUUCCUCAGCCACGACUUCCACUCCAUGACGGAGGGGGACUCUUCCAUCUCAGAGUACUGCCAGCGCAUGAAGACUCUUGCUGACGCCCUCCGCGACGUCGACCACCCCAUCCAGGACUCCCAACUGGUGCUUAACCUCCUCCGCGGCCUCAAUCCGCGCUACUCCAACACCGCCGACGACAUUGCCAACUCCACCGCCAGCUUCCCGACAUUCGCUCAAGCCCGCGACAUGCUCACCUUGAAGGAACUCCGCCUCGCCAACGAGGAGAAGGUCUCCACCACCACCGUCCUUCUCGCGGGGACCAGCUCGUCAUCUUCCUCCUAUAGCUGCCCGGGCGGGUGCCGCUCUGCCUCUGGCUUUGUCCAGACCAACGGCGGCGGCGGCAAGAAGUGGAAGGGGAAGUAG